AUGGCCUCAACCGACCAGAGGAAGCAUAUUGUGAUAAUUGGAGCUGGGGCUGCAGGAAUGGCUUGUGCUAGCACGCUUGCUCAGCAUCCCGAAAAAUUCAAAGUCACCAUGAUUGAACGGAUGGGUGUAACAGGAGGUCAAGCAACAUCCAUAUCUCUAGACAAAGAUAAAUUUGGCACUGACUGGAUGAAUGAUGGUGUCCAAGGUGGCUCACCUAUUUUCAAACAUACCUGCGAGUUCUUCAAACGAUAUGGUCAUGAAGCUCAAGGUAUCAAACUCCAAGUCGCAUUCGGAAAAGGCAAAGAUGGAUUCUGGACCAACUGUUUCCCGAGUCAUCUUGUGGAACGCUUCUCGAGCGAUAUCAAGAAAUUCGGAAAAGUGUUGAAGAUUAUCAAGUGGACGAUGCCUGUAAUAGGUGUAAUUCCUAUUCGAAUCAUGCUCAAGAUGUUCUUUUUCAGCAAAGAUUUUGGUGAUAAGAUGGUUUAUCCUCUGAUCGCUCUGUUCCUCGGUACGGGCAACCAAACCGCCAAUGUAUCUUGCGCCAUAUUAGAGCGUUUAUUUGAUGACAAGAAUAUGAAACUUUGGGACUAUGAUCCAGAUACGCUUUUACCAAACUUACCUCAAAUGUUGACAUUUCCCAACCUGCACAAUUUUUACGAAGAUUGGAGGAAAGAUCUCGAAUCGAAAGGUGUUGAUAUUCGCCUUCGAACUGAUGUUACGGAGAUUAUUCAGCGAGAUGCAAAGGGUGUUGUGAUGAGCACGCGGCCGUUUAAUCCUGAUGCAAAUGAUAGGAAGGGAAAACAUACAGGGCCAACCUCAAAGACAGAAACAUUCGAUGAAUUGGUGAUGUGUGUAUUAGCAGAUGAUGCACUCAAAAUUCUUGGUAGGACCGCCACUUUAAAGGAGAAAUUCGUGCUUGGAGGUGCCAGCUCCGACCAUGAAUAUUUCCGCAAACACUACGAAACUGAAUUCGACCCCUCUCUCUGCGCUGAACCAAAAUCCCGCGCUCAAAAAGACCAAAUCGCUUUUUCGAAAGGCGAACAACGCGGUGUCGAUAAUGAACCAAGUGGUUACCGACCCAUGUAUUACACAAAAUCCUACGCCCACGACCCUACCAAAAUCGAAAUGUCUUUCGACUGCACAAACUACCAACACCAAUUCCGACGCGACCACGCCUCCGAGACCGCACCCAUACCUUAUAAACAACACGUCUUCCAAUCCAUCUUCCUCGACGCCUCCAACCGCGACGCCUGGACCAUCGACGAGAUAUCCCCCGAUAAAAUCAUCCAGAAGAAAUGGUGGCAUCAGCUUGGACAUCGCUGGCAACAUUAUGCCCGUGUCGUGCCGGGUAUGAUGUGGAUUAAUGGGAAAAAUCGUACUUGGUUUGCUGGGAGUUGGACUUUGGUUAAUAUGCACGAACUAGCCCUUGUAUCAGGCAUAGCAGCCGCCUAUAGGCUAGGAGCCGAAUACGUGAAAUUUGAUGAUUUUGCCGAGGAAUUUUUUGGUAAUUACAUGCUUGUAGCGCAUGGGUUUAGGUAUAAGGCGGAGGAAAAGAGGAGGAAGCAGAAGAGUCAGUAG